AUGGCCACAGGUGUAUAAAAUCAAGCCCCUAGGCAUGCAGACUGCUUCUACAAACAUUUGUGAAAGAAUGGGUCACUCUCAGGAGCUCAGUGAAUUCAAGCGUGGUACUGUGAUAGGUUGUCACCUGUGCAAUAAGUCCAUCCGUGACAUUUCCUUGCUACUAAAUAUUCCACUGUCAACUGUUAGUGGUAUUAUAACAAAGUGGAAGCAACUGGGAACAACAGCAACUCAGCCACGAAGUGGUAGGCCAUGUAAAAUGACAGAGCGGGGUUUGCGCAUGCUGAAGCAUACAGUGAGCAGAAGUCAACAACUGACUGCAAAGUCAAUAGCUAAAGACCUCCAAACUUCAUUUCAGCUUAGCACAACAGUGCGUAGAGCUUCAUGGAAUGGAUGUCCAUGGCCGAGCAGCUGCAUCCAU